GAACCCAAUGAACGGCCUGCAAGGAUGACUGGGGACAUGGCAGGGGGGAGAGCAUCCUUUGGUGAGAGCAGCAAGGUGCGCUGGAAUCUCACAUUGGUGUCCCAGCUGGUUCAGUUGGAUCAGUCGACCACGCUGAAGGAUCCUGGUCAUACCUUGCCUUUUCCUGGCCUGGUGACUGUGGUGCAUAGCGAGGAACUUGACUACAUCCUGGCUGGCCUGGGAAGCAGGUGGGUUGUCCUGGAGUUGUGGGCUCCCUGGUCCGCCGCCUGCGCGGCAAUUCGCAGUGAGUUCGAGGUCUUAGCGAAGAGUUAUCCAACAUGGAUUUUUCUUCGUGCUGACAUUGGCCAAUUGCCUGGGAUUGCGAGCCGUUGGUCUGUGACGCGCAUUCCUUUGUAUCUCUUCUUCUGGCAGGGCAUUGAGGAGACAGAGUUUGCUGGAGCAUCUGUGUGCAAGUUGCGGGAGGUGCUCGACGAUUGCACCAUGUUGGGGCCAGCUGAAGUUGCGGCUCAUGCAGAUCCUGCUGGGCGCGUGAGCGACUGGAAGUUGAAUCCUGAAGGUGCAGACUGA